AUGACUUCCUUUGUCUCUAAUAACACUAUUUGGCAACUUAAUGAUGAAUAUUCUGUUCAAAUCAAAUAUCAUACAAAUAAUCAUGAAUUAAUAAUAGAAUUGUUUCAUAAUGGAAUAAAAACGAAUUCGAUUUCAUUAAAUAAUGAUCAAUGCUCAACAUUUACUCGUCGAUUUUGUGAUACAACUAAUGAAUUAAAUGAAUUAUUAACUGAUUUAUUGAUGCAAACAUCAACAGAUGAUUGUAGUAUUCGUGUGAUUGAUGAUGGGAAAAGUCUUGAAAUCAUUUUUCCAAUCUAUUUUGGUAGUCAAAAUCGGAAAAAGAUUUGGUCAUUUUUUAUUCAUUUUCCAAUUUUCUCACUUAAUUUGGAAGAAAAUCAAAAUGAAGAAGAAAUGUCACUUGAUCCACUUGAUUGGACAGAUACAAGAAUAUUAGGACAUAAAAUCAUGGAUGAUAUGAUUGAUUAUUUACGCGAUAUUCGUCAACGGCCAACAUGGCGUCCAAUGCCAACUGAAAUAAAAUCAGAAUUAAUGCAAAGUGAACUUCCAUUAAAAGGUGAAUCACCUUGGAAAGUUUAUGAACAAAUUCAAAAAACCAUUCUUCCUUAUCCAAUCGGUAAUAUUCAUCCUAGAUUUUGGGGUUAUGUUAGAGGAAAUGGUUCAUCCAUUGGUGCUUUAGCAGAAUUCAUUACUGCAACAAUGAAUACAAUGUCAUCAGGUGGUCAUCAAUCAAGUAUUUAUGUUGAACGUCAAAUAUUAUCAUGGCUUAAAAUUAUAAUGGGUUUUCCAAAUGAUGACACAUGUUCAGGUGCACUUGUAAGUGGUACUUCAGUUGCAACAAUUAUAUCGAUGGCUGUAGCAAAAAAGAAAUUUGAUGGUCAAUUAAUGAAAGUUUAUUAUUCAUCAGAAACACAUACUUGUCUGAUCAGAGCUGCACAACUUUUAGGUAUUGAAAAAGAAAAUAUAAUUAUGAUUCCAACAAAUGAUCAAAGACAAAUUGAUUUAAAAAUUUUAUCAGAAUCAAUUGAUUCAAAUUCUUGUGCUUUUAUUGUUGGUUCAGCUGGAACAGUUGGCACAGGUUCGAUUGAUGAUCUUCAAGGUCUUGCUAAUUUAUGUUCACUUAAUCCAAAUAAAUUAUGGUUUCAUGUUGAUGGUGCUAUUGGUGCAGUUGCACGAUGUUCAACACGUCUUCGAUCAUUAUUUAUUGGUCUUGAACGUGCUGAUUCAAUUGCAUUUGAUUUACAUAAAUGGCUUUUUAUUCCAUAUGAAUGUGGUUGUGUUCUUAUACGUCAUGGUGAAUUACAUCGAGCAACAUUUGCUCAACCACAUGCAUUUUAUUUAGCAUUAAUGGAUGGUGGAAUAACACCACGGGAAGGAGAGUUCUUUUUUAGUGAUUAUACAUUAGAAUUAUCAAGAAAUAUGAAAUCACUUAAAGUUUGGAUGACACUUAAAACUUAUGGAAUUGACAAAAUUGGACAAAUUAUGGAACAAAAUGUUGAUCAAGCAAAAUAUUUUGUUAAUUUAAUUGAAAAAUAUCAUCAUGAUGAAUUACAAGUACUUGCAAAUGUUUCACUUAAUAUUGUUUGUUUUCGAUAUUAUUUUAAUCAUAAUAAUAAUAAGACGAAUUUAGAAUUAUUGAAUAAAUUAAAUAAACAUUUAUUAGUUCUUAUUCAAGAACGUGGCAUUGCUGUUGUUUCUCCAUAUGUUAUUGAUAAUGAAAUAUUUGCUAUGCGGAUGUGUAUUAUUAAUCAUCGAACGAAACAAUCGGAUCUUCAUUGGUUUAUUGAAAAAUUAUUAGAAAUUGCUCGACAACUUAGACAAUUACCUGAAUUUUCAACUAUCGAAAAUUAA